AUGACGCAGGAGCCUCCAGAGUCACAGUCGGAGCCAGUAUACGAAAACAGCCCCACCCUGCCCCACCCCACACCGACGCCCCAGCCCCACACCCCUGCCCCACAUCCUUUCCCCACACCCCUGCAUCACACCCUAGCCGCACACCCCAGUCCCACACCCCAGCCCCACACCCCCCUACCCAUGCCCCCACACCCUCACACCCUAGCCCCACACCCUAGCUCUCACACCCCAGCCCCACAGCCCCCACACCCCAGCCUCACACCCCAGCUCCACACCCAUGCCCGACAUCCCAGCCCCACACCCCAGUCCCACAUCCCAGCCCCACACCCUAGCCUCACACCCUAG